AGCGGGAGGGAAUGGAACCCCCAGGGCAGGGAUAAAGGCAAGAGCAGGACCUUGACCAGAACAGGAAAAAAGCAGUAGUAAUUAAGGAGGGGAAAGCUCUUGCUCUCAAACUAUUUUGGGAAACCACGUGACCAUAACCACGGUUUAUUGGGCGGGUCUAGGAGAGCAGCUCCUAAGAUCCAGUCCUGGGUGACAGGAACUUCCACCGAUUGUCUUUCUACCUUCCGGUUUCUGCAUUCUAGCUCUCUCUGGACCCGGAAAAGUCUCCUCCGAAGCAUUUUCUUGGCUGCGGACCUGGGAGAGUCAGCAGUUCAGCUGCCAGCACUGCAGCUCGGCGGCCCCGGAAGGUCCCAGGUGAGAGUAACAAGAAGAAUGAAUGCUUCUCUCCUAAAUGCUCCUCAGAGUCAGAUAACAUUCAAGGACGUGGCUAUGCACUUCUCACAGGAGGAAUGGGAAUGUCUUGACUGUGCUCAGAGGGCAUUGUACAUGGAUGUGAUGUUGGAGAAUUACAAUAAUCUGUUUUUUGUGGAGAAUCAUUGCAUGUGUCCUAAAUUUGAGAACAUGUUGGAUCAAGACCUACAGCAUAUUAUCCACAAGCAUGCAAAUAUCCAAGUGAAAUCUUAUGAAUGUCAUGAGCUUGGCAAAGUCAUCCAUGAGUUCACCGGAAGUAUACCUUAUAAAACUAACCUCAGGUCUACAUCUGUUGAAUCAUCAAACCUAAGCAGACAUGAAACUAAAAACAACAGAGAACCUUGCAAAUAUAAAAACCAUGUAAACUGUUUCAAUUUGUGCUCUACCAUUAGUCGAAAUCAAGGAAUCAAGAUAGGAAGGAAAGAAUACAAUAGUGCAAAACUUGAUAAUGUUUUUGACUCUAAAGAAACCCUCAUGUUGAAACAAACCAAAAGUGGAAAGACACCUUACAAAUGUAGUGAAUGUGCCAAAUGUUUUGCCAAGAAAUGCUGGUUUAGAAAACAUCAGAUAACUCAUACAGGAGAGAAACCCUACAAAUGUAGUGAAUGUGAUAAAUCCUUUACCCAGAAAGGCAGUCUUAGUAUUCAUCAGAUGCGUCAUUCAGGCAAAGAACCUUACAAAUGUAGUGAAUGUACCAAAUGUUUUGCCCAGAAAUGCUGGUUUAGAAAACAUCAGAGAAUUCAUACAGGAGAGAAACCUUACAAAUGUAGUGAAUGUGGCAAAUCCUUUACCCAAAAAAGCAGUCUUAGUAUUCAUCAGAUGUAUCAUACAGGCAAGAAACCUUACAAAUGUAGUGAAUGUGAGAAAUGUUUCAUUCAAGUUGGUGAUCUUAGAAGACAUGAGAGAAUUCAUACAGGAGAGAAACCUUACAAAUGUAAUGAAUGUGACAAAUGCUUUAGGUAUAAAAGCAGCCUUAGAAGUCAUCAGAGAGUUCAUAAAGGGGAGAAGCCUUACAAAUGUAGUGAAUGUGACAAAUACUUUUCCCACAAAGGCAGUCUUAGUAUUCAUCAGAGAAUUCAUACAGGAGAGAAACCUUACAAAUGCAAUGAAUGUGACAAUUUCUUUACCCGAAAAGACAGUCUUAAUGUCCACCAGAGAGUUCAUACAGGAGAGAAACCUUAUAAAUGUAGUGAAUGUGACAAAUGCUUUUCCUAUAAAGGCGAUCUUAGAAAACAUCAGAGAAUUCAUACAGGAGAAAGAACCUUACAAAUGUGAAUGUGACGUGUGUUUUACCCUAAAAUUCAAUCGCCAUCUUCAUUUGAGAAUUCAUACAAGAGAGAAGCCUUACAAAUAUAAUGAAUGUGACAAAUGCUUCAGCCAAAAACAAUCUCAGCUCUUAUCAGAGAAUGCCUACAGUAGACACUUUCACAAAUGAAGUGAAUGAGAAAAACCCGUUUCCAAGGAAGAUCAUCUUAGAAUUCAUCAGAGACUAUAUAUAGGAGAAGGAAAUUAUAAAUGUACUAAAUGUUCAAAUCCUUCAGUGUUGGUUCACCAUUUAAAAUACAUCAAAGAAUGCAUUCAGGAUUAAAAAAAAACUUAUGAAUUUGAUAUAUGAGGAAAGGUCUUUACCCAAAUCUCAGACCUAAGAAAAUACCUGGUUAUUUAUAUUCAGAAAAAAGUGUCCACUGGAAAACUAUGGCAUGUGCUUUAUUCCAGCAGUAUUGUUGGCAACACUUGAAGCUCCACGCUAGAGAAUAUUAUAUAUUCGAGGAAGUUGGAAAAACAUUGAAAUAAUCCUCAAAUCUUAGGAGCGACCCAGGGUUUAUGCUCAGAGAAACUGAAAAUGCAGCAAUGAAGGAAAUCUUUCAUUAAAAGUUUUUACUUGUUCACUUUUAAAUAUGUCAUGAUGGAGAAGCUAAAAGAAUAUGGAGUUGUAUAAUUUUUCCUGGAGACUGAAAUGAUCUAUUUCAAAGAGAAGCUGUGAAAUACAUGCCUCAAAACAGCUAAUGAAACUGACAGCAUUCUGUAUUUUUAACUCAAAUGAACAUACUCCAAUUAUACUUCUUAAAAGAAGAUUUGACAAACUGAGCCACAUAUAUAAGAUGCUGCUUAUCCUGUUCAGAUGCCUACAGAUAAUCGGUUUGCUUCCAAUGUCCACUACUUAUUAUCUGUUUCUUAUGCUGGUUUUAAGUUUCAGGAUAGCAAUUGUCUUUCAGUCCCUUGUGCUCUCAUUUACUAACUGCUUCCCCUAAGUGCUGUAUGUAACUACAAUAAAUCUCACUGGUUUAACAAGUUGAA